AUGCGGCUGAACUGGCCGACUACUCUACCAUGCUCGCUAUUUCUAGCUUAUCUUGUACUCGCGGGUGGUGCAUCUCCGGUCACCGCGACCGAAGCCGAGCCUGAGCGCUUACAACUCGAUCCGGCCACAUUCGUUUCCAAAGCAGGAAAGGGGUACUGGUUUGUCGAGCACUUCUCGCCAUGGUGUCACCACUGUCAGGCUUUCAUGCCGACUUGGGACGAGCUUGUGAAGGAUUACGAGGGCUCGGGCGUGAAUCUCGCGCAGAUUGACUGCACCGUCAACGGAGACCUGUGCAGCGAUCACAAAGUGAAAGGCUACCCCACUCUAAUAAUGUACAAAGACGGCAUGGACAUCGGCCAAUUCCAAGGCGCGCGCUUACGAGACAAGCUCGACGACUUCAUCACCGACAAGACCGCCAUCUCACUCAACUCCAAGAACGGUCACGUCGUCGCCGAACCCGAAUCCACGUCCGAAUGGGCCACCGUAGACCCUAAUCCCGACGGGACAGUACUCCAACUCACCCCCGCAACCUUCUCAGCGGCCAAAAACCGCGGCGGAAUCUUCAUCAAAUACUUCGCGCCUUGGUGCGGCCACUGCAAGAAGUUAGCGCCGACAUGGGAGCAGCUUGCGCGGUCGAUGCGACACCAGCUCACUAUCGCUGAAGUCGACUGCGACGCGCACAAGAAGUUGUGUAAUGCGGAGGGUGUCACGGGCUUCCCGAUGCUAUUCUUCUAUGGCGCUGAUGGGUCCAAGACGGAGUAUACAGGUAGCAGGAAGAUCGAGGGCAUGAAAGCAUGGGCCGAACGCGCUGUUCAACCUACUGUGCAGCAUAUCUCAUAUGAUGACUUCGACAAGGCCGUCCUCGAUCACCCCGUUGUGUUCCUCUACCUCCACGCGCCAGGCGAGACGGGUGGAAUCAAUGCGCUCGUGAAUGGCGCACGCCCGUUACUCGGCUCUCCGCCAGUCUACACUUCGUCUUCGGCGCAGUUCCUCCAGCGGUACGGCGUCACACCUACCAGUGUACCAGUGCUUCUGGCAUUCAAGGAUCACGAUAUGACCACACCCUCGGACGUCCUCCACGUCCCAUCCACCUACUCCGCAUCGGAUCUCACAACAUGGCUCACCCACCGCCGUCUCCCGUCCGCUCUCGAACUCUCAGACAACACAUUCCAAGAAGUGAUGAAGGCACCGGGCUCGCCGCUUGUAGUGCUCACAGCCGUACCCGGAUCAGAUAACUUCGCAGAACACGAGUUCAUGGCGGGAAACGCUGCAAAGCUGGGUGUAAAGUGGAAGAAACUGAGCGCGCAGCGGGGCGGAGAGGGGAGACAGGUUGUGUUUGUGUGGAUGGAUCAAGGGCGAUGGAAGAAGUGGUUGAAGAGCAUGUAUGGGAUCACGAAGCCCGGUCAGGUCGUCGUCGCAGACCACUCCAACUUGCUAUACUACGACCAGACACCUUCACACACCCCGCUCGCUCUCGAGGAAUCAAACCUAUUCCCGACCCUCGACGCAGCCCUCUCCGGCACCUUACGAGCAAAACAUAGCGAGAACCUCCUCGAGCGCGGUGCUCGACGGAUGAACGGAUUCUUCGUCGCGCUCGAAGGGUUCAUCAUCGCGCACACCCUCUUAUUCUGCGCCGGCGUCGUCGUUGCGCUGGCGGGCGUGCUGUGGGUGUUGAAGAAGAUCAUUAUGGGGGAUGCGGCGCAGUACGGGGAUGUCAAGGGCAGGAUCGAUUAG